UGCACCGCAUUCUCUAACACUUUGAGCCUCGAGUUUAUUCCUCUGUCAUUGGUGACAGCGCGCAAUGACGAUGCACCGCUAGGGGACCACAGUUUACGCACUGACACCUUCAGGUGGACACCGACUGUGGAGAGCAUCUGUACCCUGGUAAGGCGAUGGAGAACUCAAGCGUGGUGGUCACUGAUGUUCCAACUGCUGGCCUAACAGAAUUCCUCAACUUCACCAUGAAUGACACCAUCUCCCGACUCUACGAAGGGUUCACAGAUGAGCUCGCCAUGACAGAAUUACGCGUAACGAACGACCCGGUAUCUCUGAAAGUCAACACUCUAAGGACUGCGUUUGCUGCUGGGCUUCGGGCUAAGCUGCCACCGACGGAACCUGCUCACUUGGUGGUUGCUUUUUGGGAUUCCCCGCUAAGUCACGGAAUCAAUGUGUUUGUAGGGAUUGUCUUGUGCUUCACCAUGCUGGGCCUAGGGUGUACGGUAGAUGUGAGUCAGCUUGGGGAACAUAUCCGCAGACCCAUCGGGGUUCUGCUGGCGCUAGUGUGCCAGUUUGUUAUCAUGCCCCUGGUCGCCUUCCUGCUUGCUUUGGCAUUCUCUCUCGACGAUGUGGCGGCUAUGGCCGUGCUACUGUGUGGCUGCUGUCCAGGAGGAAACCUAUCCAACAUCAUGUCGUUAUUAGUGAACGGGGAGAUGAAUCUGAGCAUCAUCAUGACCAUUUCCUCCACGGUCCUAGCGCUGGUUCUGAUGCCUCUAUGUCUGUGGAUAUAUAGCCGCGCCUGGAUCAACACCCCGGUGGUCAACCUGAUGCCGUUCGGCGCGAUCAUCCUCACCCUCUGUAGCACUCUCAUCCCAAUUGGCCUGGGGGUCGUGCUCCGGUACCGUUACAACCGGGCGGCGGACAUCGUUUUAAAGUUGUCUCUGUGGUCUCUGCUGGUGACCCUGGUGAUGCUGUUCAUCAUGACGGGGGCCAUGUUGGGGCCAGAGCUGCUGGCCACCAUCCCUCCGUCUGUCUACGUGGUAGCUGUCCUGAUGCCUGCCUGUGGCUACGCUGCAGGCUACGGCCUGGCCACCCUCUUUGAUCUCCCGCCCAACAUCCGCAGGACCGUGUCCCUGGAGACCGGGUGCCAGAACGUGCAGCUCUGCACAGCCAUCCUGAAGAUGGCCUUCCCACCACAGCUGAUGGGGGGCAUGUAUAUGUUCCCUCUGCUCUACGCCCUCUUCCAGGCCGCCGAGGCCGGCAUCAUCAUCCUGGCCUACCGGAUGUACAGGAAAGAGGUUCUACACAAACCAGACACAAUCCCACCGGGGGACAACAGAGAUAUUGGAUAUAAUAGGUUUGAAGACGAGGAUAUGGGUUUUGACACUUCUUACGGGGCGGUCACCAUGAGUGACCCAAAUCUCAUCAUGCUGGAGCCUUGUCCGGACUCUACUCCUGUUUAGUGCGCAUGAGACGACGACGGCCCACCAUGGGCGG